AUGGCAUCCUGGCCGACCGAGUUCCCGGCCUCAUUCGUCAGGCCGUGGAAGGGCCUGCUCGAGUCCCGCCAUGCGGAGCAACAGGGCGACUUCCCCAACCACCACGUCAACGACGUCGACUCACUCAUCACCACCAGCCUGCCGCGAUCACUGUACGUCGGCACCGGCUACUCCAUCUUCACGCGCGCCAUCCUCCCGGCCAUCCUGACGGCCAAGCACUCGGUCCACUUCGUCACCUGCUACUGGGCCCCGUCGCCUUCCCUCGACGCCCUCCGCGACACGCUGCACCAGCUUGCGUCGUCUCGGGCCGCGGCGCAGUCGGCGGCGCCUCCGCUGCGCAUCACCAUUGGCUUCUCAUCCCGGAGUCUCUUCCAGAAGCUGUUCCAUACGUCCUCCCGUGACGGUUACACGUACCCUUCUUCGCGAUGGACCGAACUCGGCCUGCCAGACGAGGCGACGCUGAGCACAGGCGGGAUACAGAUGACGGUCAAGAGCAUCUUCUUUACCCCACUGAGUGUCAUGCACCCCAAGUACAUCUUGAUCGACGGAGUCCGCGCCUUUGUCCCGAGCUGCAACGUCAGCUGGGAGAGGUGGUUUGAGGGGUGCAUCGAGCUGGAGGGAGACGUCGUCUCGCGCCUGACAACGUUCCAUGAGCGGGUUUGGGGAGCUCCCCGGGCAGAUGCCGACGACGGCGCCCGGCAGAUCACGCGCGGAGUCGACGAUGAUGAAGACGACGAUGGGAGGCAUUCCACGACCAGCAGCACGGCAAUCGUCACACAGGACGGCUCGGCGACACAGUCCACAAAGCUCCAACCACAAUCGCCCGUGCCGACCCUGUUUCUCCCGUCCUCGCACCACCGGAACCCGCGCUUCAGCUUCUUUCCCUUCCUCUCCCACUCCAACCCCCCGAUGACACCACUCAAUGCGGCGCUCCUCACCCUCUUUGCCAACGCGCGGCGCAAAAUCACCAUCCUGACCCCAAAUGUCACCUCGUGGCCGGCCCUGGAGGCGCUCCUAGCGGCACUGGCACGCGGGGUAGACGUGCAGAUUCGCACCAGCAAGGGUAUGAUGUUGAUCGAGCAGCUCGUGACCGCUGGAACCACGACAUCGUGGUGCCUCAGCAGCUUCAUCAAGAGAUACCAGCGCUUACACGCGCCCAAGGGGCCUUCGGACGUUGAGGCUCAGCCUGUGGCGCCGGGAAAGCUCGAGAUCCUCUACUACAAGCCGCUGGCCAGUCGCAAGGGCUACGACGACGAGCCGGUCGUGAGCCACUUCAAGAUGACCAUGGUGGACGAUGAGUACGUAGUCCUCGGGUCAGGCAACAUGGACCGAGCCAGCUGGUGGACCAGCCAGGAGAUUGGUGUCCUCUUCUACGCGCCAUCCUUCGGCUUCGACCUGUGGAACGCUGUGUUGAGCAGGCGCUCAGAAGUCCUCUUCCGGAGCCAGUAA